CCCGCCGGCCCCGCCCCCCCGGCGCAUGCCCCCCGCCGCCCGGGGCCGCUGCAGGCGCCGCCCGCUCCGCCGCGGAGCCCGGCACGCACCGGCCCGGCCGCCAUCGCCGCCAUCGCCCCGGGCCCGGCCCGGCCAGGAUGGAAGGGAGACCAGUCUGAAAAGCUGUUCCGUUGUGGACUGUGCUGUUGUCUGCUAGAAUGUUCCUUAUGAAUGCGUCUCCUCUGGUAGCUCUUCAGACAACAUGGGAGUCCUUUGGACCAGCAAGGAAUUGUAGAUAUCCCGUUUGCUUCUUGGAAUCUGAAGGGGACAUCGCUAGAACCUCUGUAAGCUCUAAAGUUCAGAUGAUCAUCAACAACCUGCAAAGUCAAGAGUCUCCCCUGGGUAUGAACAAUGAGUAUGAUUGUAUUAUGCAGAAGAAACAAAAGGGAGAAAAGGGCUCGAGUAACAGAGUCCCAUCUAGCACCGCGUUGCUACGGAAGCAUCCUCAGUAUACCAAGUGUGGUUACCCUGCUGAUUCAGAUGACCCUGAAGUGGAAGAGAAUGUGGGGUUUGGGACUCUCUUGCUUGAUUCUGAUAGUGAUGAUUCUGUUGACCGAGGUAUAGAGGAAGCCAUUCAAGAGUAUCUAAAAACAAAAAGCAAAAGUGACCAGUCAUUGCAAAGGAAUGCAGAGUGUUCAGAGAGUGUAAGCAGAGGCAAAAGGUUUAAGAGAGAAUUCUCCCAGAACAAAGUGGCUAGCAACCUUCUCCCCAUGAAAUUUAAUGCUGAGAUGCUCUCUGAAGAGUACCUGUCUGACCACCUGGGCAUCGGGAAAAGGCGGCAGCCAGCUUCCCCGCAGAGCAUCAGCAGCGAUGACUCUUUCGAACAGAGCAUACAAGCUGAAAUAGUGCAGUUCUUGAAUGAGAAGAAGCAGCAAGAAAUUAGUAGGUGUGGAAACGGAGAGGAUGAAAAAAAUUCCGAAGUGAGACCUGUCCUGAAAUGCAAUAAGGAAACAACAAGCAAACCAAACUGUGGUGCUAUAAAACAAGGCUGUAAUGCGCUUCUCUUGAGGCACCAUCCCAAGCUACAGAAAACCAGCACGCAGUCCAAGUGUUUGCAGCCUAAAAUCCAAGAAGAGCCUUGUGAUUUCAGCCAAGUGAACCAAGUGUAUCUAGAAACAGCCGCCGCCGCCAGCCAGCCCUGGUUAUCAGAGCAAAACAAAGAAAGUGGAGCUAAUUACUGGGAGCCGAGGGGAGCAGUUAUCAAUGAGACCACGCACACAUCUGACUCAAGUAGCGACGAUGGCAUUGAAGAAGCCAUUCAGCUUUAUCAGCUGGAGAAAAUCAGGAAAGAGGCAGGUCAUGCAACAGACUGUGUCCCUUUGCAGAGGGAACAGUUUGAUACAAAGGGUAUGGCGGACAUUUCUGCGAGCCUGACGAUCAGCUCAACAAAAAGUGCCUCACCAGAAAUCCGUAAAAGCCCUAUAAGCAACAAGGGAAAAGAAAUUAAUUCAAAGUCAACAGAAUUAGAAAGCACAAGCAAUGAAUUUAACAAGCUGUUUAAACCACUAAAAAAAGCCAGACAUUUUGCACCUCCGGAAAACAAGAUCGCUGCUUGUGAGCUCACGUUGCAGGCCUCUUGCAGGGCAGACACAUCUGCAGAACUCAUGUGUGCAGAAGCGAUCCUUGAUAUUUCCAAAACAAUCAUGCCAUCCCAAAUGGGAAGUGACAACAAAUCACUUGCUGCAGACUCCUUCUUUUCUCCCCAGCUACUGUCAUCCUCGCGUUGUGAAAGCGACAGCAGCCUCGUGGACAGCGAUGAUAGCAUAGAGCAAGAGAUCCGAGCUUUUUUGGCUCUGAAGGCACAGUCAGAAAACCUUGGAACAAAGCCUCCCAGCCUGUCACACUCAAUCCAGAUGCCUUUGCCUUCUGAUCAAAACAGCCUCACCAGUACCCUUGAGCCUUCUUUUCCCAAAACACUGAAGCUGUCACUGACUCAUAAAAGGAGACUUAAAAAGGAAGGCAGAAUGGUGAAACUAGGUGCAUCAAAACCACCUGAACAGCUGGAGACGGGACUUUUCCAGCCAGAUAACUGCUCAAAAACUCCUGCGCUCCAAGAGGGGUGUGCCCUGAGCAGCCUCGCAGAACUUGGUGAUGCUCAAAGGCUCAGUGGCAAAGACGCCAAGCAGCAGCAGCUGGUGUCUUCCAGAUCAUCUGGAUCUGACGGCAGAUGUGUGGCCUCGGACUCUGUAAACCAUUUUAUUCAAGUUCAGAGUAGCACGAGAAAGCUUAUGAAAAAUCCUCAAGAGAGGGACGGUUCGGAUGAUGACAGCAGUUCCCUGGAUAGUGAUGAGGACCUUGACAGUGCGAUAAAAGACCUGUUACGGUCUAAAAGAAAAUUAAAGAAGAAGUCCAAGGACCAGAAGUCGCAGUGCAAGAAGAGAGUCAGGUUUAGCGAGACAGAAACUCAGCUGCUGAAUGAGUUCAGUAGCCUCCAACAAAAUGAGUGGAAAUGUAAAAAUCCAGUGCUACUGAAAAGCUGCCUCUCAAAACCUAGAAAAGCCACAAAAGAGAAUGCCAUCAGAAAUCCUCCAGACAACAUAGAUGCCAAACUUCCCAGUGAAAAAACAGAAACCAUGAAGAAUUUAGAGUUUAACUUAAAGCUUAAAAAAGGAUAUAAAGCAAAAUCGGUUUUGAAUCAAAAUAACCUGCGGGUAGCUAAAAAUAGGAAAUGUACUUUCACAGCUGCAUCAGAUGCUGAUGACAGCAGCUCAGUGGACAGCGAUGACAGCAUUGAACAGGAAAUUAGGAAGUUUUUGGCAGAAAAGGCUAAAGACUCUGCAAGUAAUUCAGAGAUACAAAAAGAUGAUGCAACUCUGGACCUACUAAGAGUGACCAAACAAACUGCUAAUAAAGGAAAAGCAAAGCAACAGCCAGCUGAAAAUGAGAUGGACCUCACGCUGGGGCAGAGUAAAAAGGCUGAGGUGCCUCAGCAAACAGAUGAGUUGAAGAACUCUCAGAGAACAGAAGGGAAAAGUGCAAUGUUACAUGGCAGUGGGAAACCUGCUUCUUCUGUUGAGAAUGUUGAUCUUCAUACUACUGGUCAGUCAAAAGCUAAACAAGGAGUGGUGGGGGUUAAAGUUGCUGCAGGUGGUGAAGUAUCUGGAAGCACCACAGUUAAAAAAGAUGAUGUUCCUGAUACAGAACCUGUGCAGAAAAUGCUUCCACCUAAACCCAGCACAAAUGAAGGUUGUAAAGUACGAAAAGUAAUUAAUGCAAAGUCGAGGUCUAAAAGAAAGAAUACCUUUCAGCUAAAAAUUUCAAGUAAAUUUAUUGCAGGUCUAAGACAUGCUCGGGACAGGAAAAAAUCCAUGCUUUUGAACAAAAAGCAGAAAGCAGAGUGUUUUCUCACUGGGAACAGUGCCUUAGGAACAGAGGUAGCUUCCCAGGAUGCUGACAUACUUAACCAAGGGAGAGGAGCCACCUUGGCAAAAGAAGAACUUAUUGAGGAGAAUAUGACAGCAAUAAAAGAAUCCAGUUCUUCCCAGAAGUUUAAUGUGGAAGUGUCAAGUCCCCACAGAGCAGAAACCUGUGGAAGACUGGAGGCUGCUCCUUUGUAUAUCAGAGAGGAAGCAGUGGGUUGCAGAAAGGCUGAUGCUUUGGGAGAGCAGUUAGAUUUCCCGUCAAGCCUCCCUGUGCGGGAACAGAGUGCGGCAGCAGUAAAAGUAGAUGAGGUUUGCAAAACAUCCAAAGCUGAGAACACACAGAUGUGGAUGGAGGAAGAAGAUAAGCACAAGGGCAGCUGGGCCAAUUCAAAUUUGGAUCCUCCACGCCCUGAGCACAGCAUGGCAGUGGUAAAAGCAGACAAAGUUAGCAGAGACACAUCUCAGCAGAGUAGACGUGAGUCCAGUGAGAGAGAGGAUAACCAACAGGAGAGGAGGCCAGAUCCAGGUUUAGGUUGCCCACUGCAGGAAUUAAAUGUGGCAGCAGUAGCAGUGGAUAAAACCAGUGAAGGAUCAUGUACAAAUAACAGUGUCCAGAUGUGCAUUAAGAGAGAAAAUGUUACCUGCCAGCGCAGUGACGGGCAGGAGGAAAUUCAGGUUUCCACCUCCAGUUUGGAAGGAGAAAUACCUGUCCUGCAGAACAGGGAAACUGUUUGUGAGGCGGACCGAGGGCAGGAAGUUUUAGACAAAACCUGUGCAAAAUGUACUGACCUAUCUGCAGGGGAGUGCCCAGAUUCCCUCCUGAAAAGAAAAGGUUCAAAUAUCUCGUGCCAGUAGCAUUUGGGCAUGAAGGAUGUCUCCCUUGAAGACAAUCACAGCGUUUGUGCUGGUUGAAGCUGGGAACGGGAUCUCUGUUCACCUGCUGCUCUUGCUUCUUGCCUUCUCUUGUCUUCAGCCACCAUCUGACACCCAUAGCAUGUGAUUGCCUUGUGGCUCUGAAACAGAAUCCAGAUCUCUAAAGAUGGGGCUGUUUAAGGGGAUAUUGUUCUCAAUAACAGAAAAUGAAAGAGAUUCUGCAAAGUACACAGGCAAAAAAAGUUGUGGGUGCCUGGGGUGAGGAGGAUGCUUGUCAUUUUAGCAAAACCCUAACAGCAGUUUUCUUUCCUGGUGUUUGUGGUCAAGAAGUGGAAUCCUUCCUUGCACUCGCCCCUCUCUACUAGCAGUGAACGGGUUAGCAAGAGGGGUUCCUUGGUUUUGAGGCAGAGUUUAGCCACUGAGAUUUGUGAUUCAGUUGGAAGGCACUCGGUGUAUCUCUGCGUGGCAUCCUCUGUGCUGCAGCCUCCAGGAUUAGCCCGUGGUCCCCUUUCUGCCCCACUGCUGAGGACUGGUGGCAGUGAGCCCAGGCGCCCUCGAUGGGAUGAAAAUGGGAUGAACCGGCUUUCUUGCUUACAGGGCACAUUGCGGCUACAGCACUGGGGUUCUUCUAAGGCAAGGCAACGC